AUGGCUUACGAAUACCUGUUCAAGUAUAUAAUAAUCGGAGAUACCGGCGUCGGCAAAUCAUGCCUCUUGUUACAGUUCACAGAUAGGCGGUUUCAGGCUGUGUACGAUCUGACCAUAGGCGUGGAAUUCGGUGCCCGUAUGAUCACCGUGGACAAAAAGCAAAUCAAACUGCAAAUAUGGGAUACGGCUGGACAAGAGUCUUUCCGCUCCAUCACCCGAUCGUACUAUCGUGGCGCAGCAGGUGCCCUCCUUGUUUAUGAUGUAACCAGGCGCGACACAUUCAACCAUUUGGCGUCGUGGCUUGAAGAUGCCCGUCAGCGGGCCAGUUCGAGCAUGGUUAUUACGCUGGUUGGAAACAAAUGUGACCUGGACUCGCGGCGUGAGGUUGGGCGAGACGAAGCCGAGGCUUUUGCUCGUGAACACGGACUUUUGUUCACUGAGACCUCAGCCAAGACCGGAAUCAAUGUUGAGGAAGCCUUCGCCUGCACAGCACGUGCCAUUUACGAGCGCUUGCAAGAAGGCGUACUGGAUAUUAACAAUGAGUGCUCGUAUUUUGUGAUUGAAUUUUAUCAACGGAUCUGUCUAGUUCACCUUGUGCGCCUGUGUCAACUCUCAUGUAUGAAUUUUGAAAAAUACCGGAUCUUGCUCUGUCGGUUAACUUGUUUACUCAUAAACUCGAAUUUCGCAACAGGAGUUGGGAAACCGCCAAGCCAGAUAUGGUGA